UUGUUAAGUAAAUGUAGGCCUAGUGCGCGUUUUCGUGGAAGGUCAGCCAUAGCCAUGAUUCGGAAUUUAACUUUAGUGGCAAAGAGGGGGAGGAAUUGUUGUUUGAUAAGGAGUGCUUAUUUUCAGAGACAAAAAACUUAUCAUCUUUUCAAGAACGCCGAUCUAACAUAGUUGUUCACCGACAUCACUCAACCUCAACUGAAACAAAUCUAAGGAUCCAAAUAAUGAAUGCCUGUCUCAGAAACGAUAUAUUAGCAUACGGUCGUGCUACGACCUUUGGAUAGAUGUACCUAAAGCAGGUUUAAUUUUUGAAGGGGAAUACUACGACUGUAGCCCUGAUAUGUCAAUCGAUCCUAAAGUUCCCCUAGUUUUAGCGCUGCACGACACUCCUGGAACAGCCGAAGACCUGCUCCCUGUUCUCAACCUGCUAGCAAAAUUGGGAUACAGAGUCAUUGCUCCAAAUUUUCCAGGUUGUGGCAAAACCAAAUGGGUCCAGUGGAGGGAUUGGAAUGUCUUCACGGGAGCGCUGGAUGAGAAGAUGCAUUUUGUAUUUGACUGUCAGUCAGCAUUAGAUAUACAAAGAGUGGAUGUAGCGCUGGGCUACGGUAUGGGCUGUAGUACAUAUGUCGCACUAUCAGGAACAGACAGCAAUAUCUACAGAUCAAAUGUCCUCCUCUGUCCAGCAGAACACACUCCACUCAAGCCAGUUAAUUACAGGGAUUCAUAGCAAGACUUCAAACUAAAGGCGUGCCAUGUUGUAUGGUGUAUCACAGUGUCGCAGACGCUAAGGUCCCCCCAGAAAUAUCACAGAUGUAUGCAGAAUUAUUGGGCAUCAAGCCCGAAGACUGCAUAGUAUACCAGGAGGACAAAAAAAUCAAAUCAAGGUAAAACCCAUUUUCCAAAAGGACUAAAGGUUGAACAUGAGCAACACCAACAGCAAGAAUGAUACGUGGUGUUGUGAAGACAUUACGUUUUUAAGUGCUAUCAUGUUUAGGCUAUCAAUGCG